CAGCCCCUAACCCUAACUUUAUCCUCCAGGCUCAAAAGGCUGGGCAGUUUGUCAGGCAAUAUAUGGGGCACUUUUCUCCAGUGUGCACACAAACACGUGUGGUUACUGCGACAGUGGAGGCUGAGUCCAGAGGCAGGAGGUGCACCUUCUCUUCUCUUCUCUUACUCCUGUUGGAUUUUUAGUGCCAUGACCUGACUGAGAGUGUACAAUUUCUAAAUGGAGAAUUCAGGGGUGUGUUGUGUUAAUCUGGAGGAACAGAAGGUUGUGAUGAAGAUGGGUCUUAGAAUGGUGUUAGUUGGGCAUGUGAACUUCCUGCUGGGUGCUCUAGUCCAUGGUGUGGUGCUGAGGUACUUCAGCCUCCAGCGGGGACAAGCCAUGGAGAGCGCCAUCUCCAACGUCAUAGCCCUAGCAGCAGGCCUGGUGGGUGUCAUUGUUGGGAUAUUGACUAUCGUUCUCUCAAAAAACAUGAAGAACAGGGUGCUGACCUGGUCACUGUUUGUGUUAAGUGCUCUAGCUGGUCUUGUGGCUGCUGCUUCAGUCAUUGGAUUGACUGUGUCUUUGGUAAAGACAAUCAUUCAUGGUGACAAUAGACUACUCGCUUACUGCGGCUAUAGUGAUGAUUUAAGUCGCCUAAGUACCGCCAAUGAGUGCCCUUUCGACCCCACUCGGAUUUACGGCACCACUAUAUUCCUGUGGGUACCAUUGAUACUCAUGAGUGCAGUGGAGAUGGUGCUUUCAUGCUGCUUAUUUAAAUUCUACAUCUCUUACCUCAGUCUGCCAUGUUGCCUCCACAAACAAAAUCUACAAGAUGAGAACAGAUUGAUGAGAGUGGCUGAGCCCCCUCUCCUCCCCUGCUAUGCACCCCCAUCUCGUCGUUGUCAAGGAGAUGAAAAGCAGAAGCUGUCUGCUAGAACCCCAGAGUGGCAUAAGCCACCGUGCAGCUCAAGACCUCAGGGCUCCACACGCUCUGGCCAGUGCCAUCACCCCCCUUCCUCCCAGUUCAAUCGAGGGGCACUGGAAAGGUCCAGUAUCUGGAUCUAAUUAUGAGCCUCACUGUGGCUUUGGCCUGGCUCAGUGCCCUGCAGGACUAAAGGGAAAUUUAAACAAGUGUUACUCUUUUAAAAGUCACAGCUGUCAUGUUUUCAAGUUUUGGAUUCUCACUUUGAAUGUUUGCUUUCUUGUGAAAGUGAAUUUGUUGGUUUUAAUACACUGUAAAAAAGUGGGUUUAGUUUUUCAGGUAACACAAAAUAUGUGGUAACAUCUAUGUUAACUGGUUUCAAUCAAGACAAAAAUAUUCUUUGGUCUGACUAAAUCAACUUAUUACAUGGCUCACUGGAAUACUUGAUUCUGAUUGGUCAAUGGCGCCACCCAGCGGUCAGAUAUUGCUCUGUAACGACCACACAUCCAGGUAUUUAGAUGGAUCAGACCGUUCAUCUAGGUUCUGAAAGCAGUCUCUCCUGCUUCUUGGCUCACUGUGUGAUCUCUACAAGUAAGCUAAUAAAAUUAUUUCAACUCAACGUUCAUGUGCAUUUUUUUUAUCUAUUUUUAUAAAAUAAGUAGUCUUGUAAUGGGCUGAAUUUUGAGGAGUCAGACAGUCAAUUUUACAAAGUAAAAAUUAACAGAACACUGUUGAUUCCAACUGUUCAGUGAUUUCUUUCUUUGCAAAUUACAUAAUUUUAACACAAAUAAAUAUUUUAUGUCCAUGUGUUUAUUUAUUUAUUUGGUUGGUAUCCAUGUAAUAAGCAGGUUAAUAUACAGUCCAACACUUAUAACAGUGAUACAAGUCCCCGAUCACCCUGUUGGGGUUUAUUGUGCAAUAAAAACUGUCUGGCUGUGUUUUAUCCCUUACAUAAUAAAGUUAUACCAACCACCGUCAUUUUUUUUAUGGAUUACAUUAAAGGAAUGUUCCUGGAUCAAUUCAAUUUAAGUUCAAUCAACAGCAUUUGUGGCAUAAUGUUGAUUAGCACAAAAAAUUAUUUUGGCUCGUCCCUCAUUAAUGAAAAAAAAACAACCUACACACUUACAGUA